UCCUUCCAAUUCUCCACACUCAACAAACAAACCUAUAAAUACCCACCAACUAAAUCAUCUCAUCCCACAACUCAAAUUAACUCCAUAAUUACUCAGAGCCUUAACAAAAUCCAAGCUCAAUCCAUGGCCGUCAUCUCUAUCUCUCAUCUCUUUGUCUUGUUCGCCACUACAGCCAUCUUCGUUCCUUCGACUCUGGCAACCACUUACAUAGUUGGAGAUGAUGCAGGCUGGGACACCGGGGUCAACUACACUAUCUGGGCUCAGGACAAAAUGUUUAACGUUGGCGAUAAACUUCUUUUCAAAUACACACAAGGGGAUCACAACGUGUACAAAGUUAAUGGAACCCAGUUCCACAACUGCACGAUACCCAAUGACCAGAAUGCACUGAGCACUGGAAACGACGUCAUUGAAUUGAAGACGCCCGGAAGAAAAUGGUACAUCUGUGGCAAAGAGGGCCACUGUGGGCAGAAUCAGAAGCUCGUCAUUACGGUCAUGGACAUGGCUCCGGGCAAUUCGCCGCUUCCCAGCGCCUCCGCCACGCCUCCUCCGCCUCCUCCGCCGUCCACGCCGUCAGGAGCCACCAAAGCUGCUGCUUCCGACCACUUCGGGGUCAUCGCGGCGGUGUUUGGCACCCUUGGGAUGAUCAUCAUGGCUUAGGAAAAAAAAAAAAAAGGUUUAUGAGGGGAUUUAGUGGCUGAUCUAUUUUAUAUUAUUUUUCAUUUGGUGUUUCAGAAUUCCAUAUUUGAUUUCUCUCUGAGGUUUGGUAUGUUUUGUUUUGGGUUGCUUU